CUUUGCACAUCACAAAUGACCUACGCUACAUUUACGUAGUUAAAAACAACAAAAAAGACAGCAAAGACAAGUGGCCCUAAAUCAGCGUGGCUAUCGGUUGAGGGUGCGCGCAUGGUAUGUGCACGUGAUUUGUCCACCGGAAGCCCAGCAGAGCCAGCAGGCAGCAGAGUGAGCAAAGGAGCUUCUCCUCUCUAGUUACUAGAGUGCCAUUCUGUGUGUUCAUUGUCGCGGCAGAAUCCUCACUGCACUGAAACUUCACUACGGAGACCAACACCUCUGGCAGCCCGAGACAGAGACAGGAGGUGGAACACACACACAGUGAGGUCACAAGAACAGAGAGCACGUGGGGAAGAGAGAGAGAGAGAGAGAGAGAGAGAGAGAGAGAGAGAGAGAGAGAGAGAGAGAGAGAGAAGGAGGGAGGAGAAGGGCAGAGUACAAGAUUGCGAGUGACUGAAACGGUGAGUGAGAAGAGAGAAAAAAGUGGGGCAUGAAACUUAAGAGAGGAGGGGACUGCUUCGGGAGAGAGCGCUACUCUUGGCUUGUCUUCCAUUCUUUACUUUUUUUUCCUCUUAAGCCCUUCUGCCAAAACAUCUCAACAGCUUCUUGAAGAGCAUUUUCCUCAAGCCUUGUUUAGUGAAAACCACGAAGGAAGAACUUUUUUUGACUGGAUUUAUUGUAAAGCGGUGGAAGACAACAAUGUUCUAAUGUGACUUCAAGCAGGACCAAACCAAGGGACAUCAUCGUCAUCAUAGUCAUCAUCAACAUCGUUCAUUGGCUCUAAACUUGCUAUGGUUGUCGACAGCAAUGGGAUGUCCUUAAUUUCUCAGCCUCUGUUAUGGUAAUGAGUCAUAGCACUGGCUCAUGGAUGGGACUGCCAAUAGGACUGGACCAGGGGCUGCUGUCAUGUUAACCAGGGAGCUGGUAUGGAGGUAAGAAGAUGUUUGGUACCAACUGAUGGCAACACUGAUGUGAUGACUGCUGAGGAUCAGAGUAGGAUGAGUAGUCCACCGAUCCCCUGAGUGAUGAGGAAAUUGCUUGAGAGAAAAAAAACCUUUGCCAUCAACAAGAAUAGAUAAAAGGCAAUGUAUGUAAACAUGAACUUUGACUUUGACACGGAGUGAAGAUGCAUAUCAGUUUUGCCAAGAAAAAGCAUUCUCGACGUGUGACAAUCAUGUGUUUUAAAAACACACCACCAGCCCUGGGCUGAGUCAUAAGUCUUCCUUCCGUCAGACCACUGAGAACUGAGACACGCUCAUGCAAAGGGUGUGGGCACCCUCGUAAAUGAAUGCAAAGUUACUACUACUGGGCAAAUAGGCAGCGAUCCUCACCUCUACAUGUUGGAUACAGCAAAACACACCAGACAGAGGAUAAUCACCUUGUGUGGUGAGUCACCUUCAGCCUCACACAGGGACAAGAGACGACAAAAAAGCCAACGAUAGUAGCCAUUUCCACGAAACCCCCUGACAUGGCUUCAGGAAGUGCUGGCCAGGUAACGAUAGCUUUCCUGCGCGGGGGCCACCAGCACGAGGGGCCCGAUUUGUCCCCGAGCCAGCCGCCGACGGGCUCCGAACGCAAGCUCCUGGAGAAGGUGCUGAAGAGGCUGGACAAGCUGCACAGGCUGUGCAUGGAGCCGCGCAUGGCCCUGCGCAACAGCCCGCCGUACCUGCCCGACCUGGUGACGGAGACGGCCGCCCUGCUGACCGAGGUCUGGGCGCCGUACCGGGGCCCCGUGCUGGGCGUCCCGCGCGGCGACGAAGGGGAGUACCUGCGGGUCCACAUCAAGCACCUGCUCUACAAGACGGACCGCGCCAUCCUGCUGUUCAGGGAGGGCCGGGAGAAGAUGUACGAGGAGACCUCCAGCUGCAGGAGGAACCUCACAAAGAUCUCGCUUCUCCUCAGUCACAUGCUCUGCGAGCUGCGCGCCUUGUUUCCAGGGGGGAAGUUUCAAGGGGACACCUACAGGCUGACAAAGUCAGAGGCGGGGAACUUCUGGAUGAGAGCGUUUGGACACAAAUGCAUUGUGCAGUGGAGUACGUUCAAGCAGAACCUGCGACGAGUGCACAGUUUCGAGGAAGGCAUGGAGGCCAUGGCUUUGAAGUCCACACUAGACCUCACGUGCAACGACCACGUGUCCGUCUUUGAGUUUGAUAUCUUCACCAGACUAUUUCAGCCCUGGUCCACGCUGCUGCGCAACUGGAAUCAGCUGGCCGUCACCCACCCAGGCUACAUGGCCUUCCUGACCUACGACCAGGUCAGGGCACGCCUGGACCACUACCGCUACCGGCCCGGCAGCUACAUCUUCCGCCUGAGCUGCACCCGAAUGGGCCAGUGGGCCAUAGGCCAUGUGGCCGCCGACGGCAGCAUCGUCCAGACCAUCCCCCAGAACACCCCACUCUACCAGGCACUCCUGCAGGGCUUCAGAGAGGGCUGCUACCUGUACCCAGACGGGCGUGAUGUGAACCCUGACCUUUCCGCCCUGAUUGAACCGGCACACAGAGGCAAAGUGAAAGUCACAGAGGAGCAGUAUGAGCUGUACUGUGAGAUCGGCAGCACAUUUCAGCUGUGUAAGAUCUGCACGGAGAGGGACAAGGACACGCGUAUCCAGCCCUGUGGCCAUCUCCUGUGCCAACCCUGCCUAUCAGGCUGGCAGAAAUCGGACGGACACACCUGUCCGUACUGCCGCUGUGACAUCCGAGGCACCGAGUCCAUCCUCAUCGAGCCGUACCUGCCGGAGCCAGGCAAUGGCAGAGCAGGGGAGGAGGCGGAGGCGGAGGCGGAGGAGGGGGACGAGGAGGACCACGAGGAUGGGGACGAGGAGGACCACGAGGAUGUGGAGCAGGUCAUGAGGAAGCUGGCCUCCAUGAAGAAGAUUUCGGAAGACUACCAGACCCCCGGGAAGCCCGUGGAUGCCAGCCUCAUGCCCCCACCCCUGCCCCCUAAGCUCAGCGUCUCCUCCCCGUGCCCCUCCCCCCAACUCAUCCCUCGCUCCCCAAUGGCCCAGACACGCGCCAAUCACUCUGCCAGCAGACCCAGUAACGAUAAGAACAGGAAAUCCUCUGGAAAAAAGGGACAGCAGGAGGACUGGUGCACAAUAGCGGAGGACAACCCUGGCUGCUCUCUCGCCCCGUCCACCCACGCGUCCGCCCCCAAUAGCGAAGACUCCAACUCGGAAUCAAGCAGGUCAUCGUCCUCGCAGUCUGGCAAAAGUGCAGGUAGUGUGCCCUGGUCAGGGUGUUCGUCGUCCUCGUCCUCAGGAAAGAAGAAGAGAGAGAAGGCCCGGGGAGAAAGGCUUGAGCGCAGCGGGACAGAGGCUGCAUCAUGUGAACCUCAGAGUCAGGAGACACACACGGACGGACACAGACACAGGCAUGUGACCUCCUGACAGUGCCCUCAGCGCCGUCCUCAAAGAACUGCUCUGCUCUAGAAAGUGUGAGAAGAAAGUUGAAAAGAACUUUUGUAUUUUGAAUUACAGAGCCUUUUUCCCACUUUUUGCCAUCUUGUGCUUUGGAUUGUAUUACCAUUCUAGUAUGACUGGGAUGCUGAUCUGAAGAAGAACAACAGCCUUCACUCUCUACAACUUGUCAGCCCUGCUACCAUAGCUACGUGUAAACGUGUGUUGACCUGCACUGCACUUGAAAGAAAUAUGGAUGAAAACCAUUUGCCACAAUUUGCAGAUGCAAUAAUUAUAAUGUGUGUAUGAAUGUAUGAAUGGACAUAUUUAACCUGUGCUGUAUGAACUGUAAGUUUUUAAAAUGUAACUCAUAUAAACUAAUUAACAAAUGU